AAAAAUUAUAUAUUUGAUUGUGUUGCAUAAAAUUUCUGUGUUAUAAAUUCUUAAGAGCAGAAUGCCACGAGCUAAACAACAAAAAGGUAUAAAGAGAGAUCUCUUGCUUUCAAAAUCUGAACAGCAAUUAUCACCACUAUUUCAAGCGGAAUUUGGCAGCCGUACUCAUGGCGAUAAGUAUCCUAACGCUCUUCAUACCGGUGGUCAUGGUGGACAUCGCGGUGCUGGUGGCUAUGGAAGAGGUGGUCGAGGCAGUGCUGGGCGUGAACGUGGGCGAGCUCGUGCUCGUACUGGUGCUCGUACAAGAGCCAAACCUCGGAUAUCCAGCACAGAAAUUGAUGUCGAACUCUGGAUGGGUGAUGAUCAACCUUCUAACGUAAACCCACCCAAUGUUUUUUGCACUUAUAUAGUGCCUUUUUUCGGCUUCAUUACCAUAUGCGCAACUAUAUUAUUUAUUUUGAUAAAUUUAUUUCGCAAAUUUUUCUUGUGA